UUUUCCCUCUCUCUCUCUCUCUCUCUCUCUCAUUCUCUGUAGUCCCAACUGUUUUGGCUGCCGCAAAAAAGAAUCUCCUCUAAAGCAGGCUCUGACAGAGAAAGAUACAACAACUGGAAGAGAAAGAGAAUCGUCUCUUUCUUUCAGAGUCCAGACCCACAAGCGUGUUAAAGUCGAGCCACCAAUUUUCCCUUUUGCCUAUUCCAUUUCUAUAUCCGACAGACAAUCGAUCCAACUCUUGAUAUCUUGAUUCUGGAAAAGGGUUUUGCUGCCACUUGAUUGUUCAUUCCCUCUCUCUCUCUCUCUUGUCGGUGUGCUCUUUCAAAUAUGGGUGCUCAAGGUUUCUGGUUGAUGAUUAUUCUUCUCUGCUUCUGCUUCCAAUCCCGCCUUCUGAAUUCCCAGAACAUGACGUGCAAUCCAAAUGACCUGUCGGCGUUGGAGGAUUUCUUGAAGGGUUUGGAGUCGGUAAUCGAGGGUUGGGGCACCAAUUCUUCUGAUUGCUGUGUUUGGUCAGGCGUCACUUGCCAAUCUUCCUCCUCCCUCAGUUUGAACGAACCUAUCGAUUACAAUAGAGUUGUUAAGUUGGAGCUCCACAGUAGAAGAAUAAAUGGUAGACUCUCUGAAUCAUUAGGCAACUUGGAACAGCUCCGAACACUCAAUCUCUCGCUAAAUUUCCUCCGAGACUCGCUUCCUGUUUCACUGUUUCAUUUGCCGAAUUUAGAGGCACUGGACUUGAGCUCUAACAGAUUUUCAGGGCCGAUUCCAGCAAGCAUUGAUUUACCUUCAAUCCAGUCCAUCGACUUAUCUCAGAACGGCUUGAAAGGUUCUAUUCCCGCUGGCAUCUGCCAUAAUUCAACGCGAAUUCAGGUUCUGAAUCUAGCCGUAAACGACUUCUCUGGUAAUCUUCCACCGGGUCUGGGGAAUUGUAGCUCAUUGGAGAACCUCUAUCUCGGCACGAAUUAUCUCACUGGUGGUUUGUCUGAUGAUAUAUAUGGACUAAAGAGAUUGAAGCGGUUGGGUGUUCAAGACAACAAGCUUUCUGGUCCGCUAAGCAGGGGAAUCGGUAACCUUACUAACCUUCUUCGUUUGGAUAUAUCCUCUAAUGGCUUUACAGGAAGUAUCCCAGAUGAUUUCUAUGACCUCACAAGGUUAGAGGUUUUUGUCUCCCAUUCAAACUAUUUCACUGGUCAGAUACCACCGUCCUUGUCCAAUUCAUCCAGUCUCACUUUGCUUAAUUUGAGGAACAAUUCCUUGGAGGGUCCAAUUUAUCUUAAUUGUGUAGAAAUGGCUAGUUUGGCCUCUCUUGAUUUAGGUUCUAAUCGGUUCACUGGGCCUGUGCCUGCUAAUCUUCCCUCUUGUCGACUUUUGAGCAACAUAAAUCUUGCCCGGAACAACUUCAGUGGUGAAAUCCCAGAAAGCUUCAAGACAUUUCAGAGUCUCUCUUACCUCUCACUCUCCAAUUCCAGUCUCUCAAAUCUUUCGUCUGCCCUUUCAAUCCUACAGCAAUGCAAGAACCUAACCGCUUUGGUCCUGACCCUGAACUUCCAUGAUGAGGAAUUGCCUGCUGAUCCUAAUCUGCAAUUUCAAAACCUUGAAGUUCUCAUUAUUGCAAAUUGUAGACUCACUGGUUCAAUUCCACAAUGGCUGAGCAGUUGUACCAAAUUGCGGUUGUUGGAUUUAUCAUGGAACCGGUUGGGCAGAUCAAUCCCAGAGUGGUUUGGCAACUUUCAAUAUCUCUUUUACUUGGACCUAUCAAACAACUCAUUUACUGGGGAAAUUCCAAAAGACAUAACAAGUUUAGAGAGUCUCAUGUACGGGAAUAUCUCAUUGGAGGAACCUUCCCCAGAUUUCCCCUUUUUCUUGAAGAGGAAUGUGAGUGCAAGAGGAUUGCAGUAUAAUCAAGUUUCGAGCUUUCCACCAACACUGGACCUAAGUCACAACAAUCUUAGUGGAACACUCUGGCCAGAGUUUGGCAAACUGAAAAGGCUCCAUAUUUUGGAUUUGAAAUUUAAUGAUUUGUCUGGAAAAAUUCCAAGCAAUUUAUCGGGGAUGAGAAGCUUAGAGACUCUGGAUUUGUCUCACAACAAUCUUACAGGGAUAAUACCACCUGAAUUGGAAAAACUCAGCUUUUUGUCCAAGUUUAACGUUGCGAGCAAUCAUCUAAGUGGGGAGAUCCCUUCAGGAGGCCAGUUUCAAACAUUCCCAAAUUCAAGCUUUGAAGGUAAUAACUUUUGUGGAUCCUCUUGUCAUCCAUCAGUACAGCAAGGAAGACCUAGAUCGCCAAAAAACUCAGGAACAAGCAGAGGACCUAUCAUUGGAAUUGCUAUUGGGAUUGUUUCUGGAACAACUUUCCUUUUUGUCCUUACGAUCAUGAUUGUGUUGCGGGCAACUAGCCGAAGAGAGAUUGAUCCCGAGAGAGAGGAUGCUGACACAAACGGUAAAGAUUUGGAUGACCUUGGGUCAAGAUUAGUGGUUUUGUUCCAAAACAUGGAGAAUAAUAAAGAGCUGUCCCUUGAUGACCUUCUGAAAUCUACCAACAAUUUUGACCAAGCAAACAUCAUUGGCUGUGGGGGAUUUGGUCUGGUUUACAGAGCCACCCUCCCUGAUGGUCAGAAAGUUGCAAUCAAACGUCUCUCCGGUGACUGUGGUCAGAUGGAAAGAGAAUUUCGUGCUGAAGUCGAAGCCCUCUCAAGAGCUCGGCAUCCAAAUCUCGUACAUCUUCAAGGGUAUUGCAUGUACAAAAAUGACAGGCUCUUAAUAUACUCUUACAUGGAAAACAGUAGCUUGGAUUAUUGGUUACAUGAAAAACUUGACGGCCCAUCCUCCCUAGAUUGGGAUACUAGGCUUCAAAUUGCUCAAGGGGCAGCAAGGGGGCUUUCGUAUUUGCACCAAUCAUGCGAGCCCCAUAUCCUUCACAGAGAUAUAAAGUCAAGUAACAUUCUUUUAAAUGGAAAAUUUGAAGCCCACUUAGCCGAUUUUGGUCUCGCAAGGCUUAUACUCCCCUAUGACACUCAUGUCACCACUGAUCUUGUAGGGACACUAGGCUACAUCCCUCCUGAAUAUGGACAAGCCUCUGUUGCAACUUACAAGGGAGAUGUGUAUAGUUUUGGGGUAGUUCUGCUGGAACUUCUGACUGGAAAAAGGCCCAUGGACAUGUGCAAGCCGAAAGGAUCCCAGGAUUUAAUUUCUUGGGUAUUUCAGAUGAAGAGAGAGAAUCGCCAGAAUGAGGUGUUUGAUCCAUUCAUUUAUGAUAAGCAGCAUGAUAGGGAGAUGUUGUGGGUGCUUGAGAUUGCAUGCCUUUGCUUAAGCGGAAGCCCUAAGGUGAGGCCUUCAACCCAGCAGCUAGUUUUUUGGCUUGACAACAUCAAUAUCAACAUCUAGCUUUCUUACGUAGCUGAGUGAAACACUGGUUGUACAGCUGGAGAUAUGCCUCCAUACGCCUUCUAAGUUUCAUUGCUAUCUCUACAAAUUGGUGUUUCUGUACCUUAACGUUUUCUUUUGUAAAUAUUUCCCCACAUAUUUUGGUUCUCAAGAAUUCUCUCUCUGGUACAUGUAGGAGAGAGAGGUAUCUAACUAAAAGCAACAAAACUAGUAAGCCUGAUUACCGAGAUUUAGUUUUUUUGCUUCCAUUUGUAAGAGAACAUAUAGCCUCUCAAACAUGUAUAAAUAAUAAAACUUCUGAAGUUUCACUC